CCUACAGCAGGGCGGUCAGGUGGCAGCAAGGCGGCUGCGCGCAGAAUCCGAGCUUUGUGCCCCGCGGCAGCCACUGAAGGAAGGGACCAAGAUGAAUGCAGAGCCUGAGAGAAAGUUUGGAGUGGUGGUGGUUGGCGUUGGCAGAGCUGGCUCAGUGCGGAUCAGGGACUUGCGGAAUCCACAUGCUUCCUCGGCGUUCCUGAACCUGAUUGGCUUCGUGUCCAGACGAGAGCUCGGGAACAUUGAUGAAGUCCAGCAGAUUUCUUUGGAAAAUGCUCUUUCCAGCCCAAAGGUAGAGGUUGCUUAUAUCUGCAGUGAGAGCUCCAGCCAUGAGGACUAUAUCAGGCAGUUCCUUAAUGCUGGUAAGCAUGUCCUUGUGGAAUAUCCAAUGACACUGUCUUGGGAAGCAGCUCAGGACCUGUGGAAGCUCGCUGAGCAGAAAGGUGAC